AUGACAUUUUACCCAGAUGGUGACUUAUAUCCUGCGGGAUUCGCCACUUCGACCCUUGUCGUCCCCUCGGUCUCCCUAGCCAACCUGCCUCAACUAUGCGUUGAUCUACUCAUCACGUCUCUAGGACUAAAGAGAGUCGGAUGGAUAGGGAAGGGAGACACGGUCGCUCCGUUCGCGGGACGAGGAGAGCAGGGCGAGGUCGUUACCGGUGGAUUGGAGGUAUAUGGUUCGGCAGAACAAGGACUGUAUGUCAUCCAGCAGAGAUCGCCUACGCUGAAAAGCAAGAAGGACGAGCACGUCGAGCUACUGCGCUCAUUCGCGGAGGACAGCAAAUUCGGCUUCGUCUUGGUGCUCACCAGCUUGGAUGCGGCGAACCAGGACGAUGCCCAGCUCUUAGCACCACAUCAGCACAUCGCUCCGCCGUCUACUCCAGCGCCAUCUGACGUCCUAGACCGCUUGCGAUCCUUCCCUGCUCUCUCCUUGUCCCUCGCCUCAGACCGACCUCCCACCUCAGAUCCUCAGAGAUCUACAGCGCAAUACCCUCCAUUCCUUCCCUCAGCUGGCUUGACCCGAAGACUUCUGGCUGCGCUUCAGACAACAUCAACACCACAUGGGUGCCUCACGGUCUGGUGCGCCGAGGGAGACAACCGAGAAGACGCCUACGCGCUCACCGCUCGGGUCUUGUACCUCCUGGAUAACCGACCGGAGCAGAUCAAGGAGCCCAGAAGCUGGAAGGGCUUAUUCGGCGUCGCGGACGGAUGGAGCGGGGGUCAUGGAGCUGAUUCCGAGAUCUAUGGGUGA